ACCAACACAGACAUUUAUACACAUGUCCUUAUAUAUAUGUCCUUAUAUCUGUGAACAUGGCCGUGUCCAUGAGGUCUCUGGUCCGUAGGGUGAUCCGUCUCUCUCACAGACAUAUUAAUGUUUCGGGUCGGUCCUCUUGUCGUUGUCUCAGCGAUGCAGCCGAAGAUAGAAGCACUCAUUUCGGCUUUGAGACAGUACCAGAGGCGGAGAAGGCGAAGAGAGUGUAUAAGGUGUUUGAGAAUGUCGCCCAGAAAUACGACGUUAUGAACGAUGCCAUGAGUUUGGGGAUUCAUCGACUGUGGAAGGACACACUGCUGCAUGUCAUGAACCCACAGCCUGGUGCACAGCUUCUGGAUGUGGCAGGUGGAACAGGUGACAUUUCCUUCCGCUUCCUGGAGUACGUUCGUUCUCAGCAAGAGCACCAGAAGAGGAGGGCGGUGAGGACCAUGCAGACGCCAUCCUGGCAGGAAAUCUCCAACAGCUACUCCACUGAGGACAAAGAUGUGUCCCAGGAAUCCAGAGCGGUGGUGUGUGACAUUAACAAGGAGAUGCUGAGAGUGGGCAAGCAGAAAUAUGAAAGCUCGGGCGUCAGUGCCGGUCUGUCUUGGGUGGUGGGGGAUGCAGAGGAGCUGCCCUUUGAUGAUGACCAGUUUGAUAUUUACACCAUCGCCUUCGGCAUUCGUAACGUCACUCACAUAGACCAGGCACUGCAGGAGGCUCUACGGGUCCUGAAGCCUGGUGGCAGGUUCAUGUGCUUGGAGUUCAGCAAAGUAACUAAUCCUGUGUUGGCAAGGCUUUAUGACACUUAUAGUUUCCAGAUGAUUCCAGUUUUGGGAGAAGUGAUUGCUGGAGACUGGAAGUCCUACCAGUAUUUGGUAGAGAGCAUCCGGAAGUUUCCUAACCAGGAGGAGUUUAAAUCUAUGAUUGAGGAUGCAGGUUUCUACUGUGUGCAGUAUUACAACUUCACUGGCGGUGUGGUGGCUAUUCACUCAGGUUUCAAGCUGUGAGAUGCACUUCUAAAACCUGCAAAUGAAGAAAAAGAAACUAAGUGUGGUUCAGGCUUGUCUGCCUGUAUGACAAACUGUCUGUAGACAGUUCUGAGACAUUUCAGAGCAUAAAGCCUCAGCUCCUCUCUGCAGAUGUCACUGCACAAUCCUAGAUAGUCUGACGUCAGUGGACAUAUGAUGGUUUUUCAGUGACUACUGCGCUGUAAAACAACAACGUUUUACCAUCAUUAUCAAUGUUAAGACAACUCCCAAGUGACUUAAAUUUGAGGGUUUUUUUGGUAACAUCUACAUUUUGGCAAUAAAUAAUAAAACCUGGAAAUGGUGAGCUUUAUAACUACUGAUGAUAAAACUAGUGAUGCACCAAUCUGACUUUUUCAUUCCCAAUACUGAUACCAAUAUGUGGGCUUUGGGUAUCGCUCGAUACCAAGACUGGGAUCAUUUUUUAUGUGUAAGUCAGACAUUGUGAAGCAACAUGUAACAAAUAAAUGUACUGAAUUGUUAUUUAUUAAAAUAAUGUUAUCCGAUACUAGAUCGGCCCAAUGUCACCGAUACCCAAUCCAGUUAUUUGAGUCAGUAUUGAAACAAUAUCCAAUAUCAGUAUCAGUAUCAGUGCAUCGCUAGAUAAAACUACAUCAAACAACAGCUAAUGACUUGUGGAAAAAAUGUUGAUUGUAAAUAAUGUAAAGGAGGACACCACAACAUGAGUUACUUGAAUAAAACUGUAUAUUUUACAGAUCUUUGUACACUUUAAUUACAAAACUGUAUGGUACUAAAGUUUUAAAAUCGGUUUUUUGGUCAGAGAAGAUUUAAUCGUCUUGUGUGCAAUUACCAUGUAUAUACAAAGUCUCAUGUUAGUGAUUUUUCUCAAAAUAAAAAGCAACCAAAUAACUCAAACGUUCAUACACUCUGAACAUAAGACAUGGCUUAAAGAUAAAUAUAUUAGUAAAUAAAUAUUCAGAGAACAUAUUUCCAUUCAUGAAAAUGUGUUGCUAUACAGGUACAGAAAUAUACACAGAUUGAUUUCUAGCCUUUUUUAAACAUUUGUAAUGGUAAUGACAGAAAAUAAUUAUAUUCUUAAAAAAUUAAAAAAUAUUAAUUUUUGUACACAUUUUAAUCUUCUUAAGUGCUAGAAACAAUAACAAAAAAAUUAAAUAGUGACUCAAGUACCCCAAAAUGUUAUAUUUGCAGUAGGUACAUAUCUCUAUGCAAAAGGCAAGAUUAGAUUCUCACUUGAUUACAGCACUGGGUUAACUUAUAAAUAGGGUUAUUUCAGAAGGUUUUCCUCUGUGUAGAGAAUGUGUAUAUUUCAUAGAAACAGUAUAAAAACAGUCUGCAGGACAAACAGAAAGGCAUGAAUGACAAGCAUUGAUAUCACGAGUACUGUAUGUAUUAUGCACGGCACGAUAUGAUUCAAACGGAAAGACUGUGGUAUGUAAAACUGCAUUGUUUAAAAAAAAAAAAAAAAAAGUCACAGUACAAUAAGGAACCCUUAUGAAAUAUGAGUCUUUUCCAGCUACUUUCCUUUGGCCUUUUGAUACAUGCUAGAAUCUUAAGAACCAUAGAUAUUUAUUAGAGCAUGCCUCAUGGAGGAAAUCGGGUAAGUGACAGCAAAAAUACACGUUUUAAGGGCUUCCAAACAAGAGGUAGAGUGCUACACUCUACCUCUGAAGAAAUCUACUGA